GUGAACAAUCACCCGAGAUAAAAAGAAUAUAUGAAGGCAUUACAGAUAAUUAUGAUAGCGUGGAAUUGAAAAAUCUCGCACAAGAAAAGAUAACAAAUAGCAAUGUUCAACAGUUCUGGACGGACAUUACUCGUCGUGAAGAAGAUGAAAUCAGUAAUAUCAAUGUUCCUAAUCUCCUAAAUUUUGCAUCUGGCCGACUUCGUUGGGAACUUACUUCAUGCGAGGACUUGGAGCAGCUUGACGAUUUUGAGAAACUCGAAAUUUGUCCUCUCUUCGCUUCAACAUCCUUAAAUGGCUUUAAAAAAGAUUUUAUCCAACGAGAUAUUUUUGAUCCUUUUUAUUGUAUGACAAUUGACCUUUUUCAUGACUUUCAUUUGUGGCGCUGCGUACUUGGAACGAAUUUUUCCCGAAUUAACUCCGCAAAACAAUUCAAAUCAAUCACACUUCAAGACAUUUCUAAAAUUAAUUAUGAGAUACAGCAUUCUUUUGAAAAAUUCGACCCUCAAAAUAUUUCUAUUGAAAAUUUUUUAGAUCUAGAUAUUUCAAUUAAUUUACCGUUCAUUGAUUUAACUUUGGAGAGUGAAAUUAGUAACCGAGUUAAAUCAUCAAUUAAUGAAAUUUUACAAUCUUGGAUAACUGCGUGGAAAAAAGAUGAAAACCUUAAUGAGAGCGAUUAUACUCAUUUGUUCAUCAUAUCACCUUUGAACAAAUUUCUUGGGGGGUUGCUAAACUAUGUCACUUUACAUGGGCCUGAGCAUCCAACCUAUUGUUCAUAUGAACGUAAAAGUCAUUUUUUCGAAUCUUUAUUUGAGGAGAAAGAAAUAUUUGAUCUUCAAAUUUUUAAUCAGUUUUCUCCUGAAAACGGACAAUCGAGUGACGGUUCAAGAAUAACGGACGAAAUAAAGGAUACCAUUAUUGUUAAUGGUCAAAAUCCGAAAGUUUAUCGUCGAUAUUCUAAGAGUGAUUCUACUACUGUUGUUACAGAAGAUUUGAAAGCACCUGAAAAGUAUAAAAAAGGGGUCAUUACAUCGAAAAAAAAGUAUCAAGAAAGAGGAGAGAAAAAAUAUGGAUAUAUUUAUCCUAUACUUGGUGAAGUGAAGCUUCCGGGAAUUAGUGGCGCGAAUGAUUACAAAAAAAAUAUUCGAGCUCUGAAUGAUAAUUUUAAUACCAUCAUUAAACAUUAUUCAAAAAAAGUAAAGAAAAUUUCAAAGAAGCUGUGUAGUUUAUUUGAUGGUAUUAAACUGGGUGCAAUACAGGCGUCAGAAGGAGAAAUUUAUCUUCUCCAAUAUGUAAGGUUCACGAGUCAAAACUUUGGUGUUCUAAUCGAUAUUUGUUCAGCCAAGAUUCCUUCAAAGCCAGAAAUUCGGCACGCAGGCCAAAUGAUAGACUUUUUGUAUUGCGUUAAAUGCAUGGUAAAAGAAUUCAUGAAUCAGGUUAAAAAAAUCGAAGAGGAAGUUAAAAGAAUUAAUGAAUGUUCAGAUGACAGUCUUGAGGAAUUUGAUAAUUUGGGAGAAUUUUUAAAGGAUAAUAUUUUAACUACGCCUCCCUCUCCAAAGAAAUAA